AUGGUCACGAAGGUGGGCUCCACUGUCGAGGAAACCCUCGCCUGUCCCCGCUCCGGCGGCCUGGCCGCGGGGCGCUGGGAGAGCUCGUCCAGGCCAAUGCGCACGCCGUCCGUGGAGCCGGACGCCGCCGGCUCGCCCAGCACGCACGGCGCCAGAGGCAGCAGCCCGCGCGAGCAGCGCGACGUCGCGGCCGGCGGGCGGCUCCCCGCGGGGGCCGGGCCCGCCAUGGGGCGUCAGCAGCCGGGCCGCGUGCGCGCGGAGCGCCGAGAUGCGUGGGCCGCAGCGCCCGACCGCGCCGCCGGGAGACUGGCGGGCAUCGCCGGGAGACUGGCGGGCCUUGGCGCCGAGGCCGACGUCAGCCUGACGCCGCAGCCUGUCUGGCCCCGCUGGUGCGUCGCGCCCUCCCGGGGCGCGCGCGCCGAGCCAGCCGCCCUCGACCAGCUCAGCGUGCUCUCCUCGCCGAUCCCGCGCAAGUUUGGCGACGGCUCGUGCACGGGUGUGGCCGCGGAGGGGCCAGAGCCAGUCGCCUCCACGGCCAACCAGGCGCUCCGCCGCGCGGCCGCCGCCGCUAGCGUGGGCGCUCCGCCCGGGCUCGCGGCGCCGGACCGGCAGCAGCCCUCCGCAGCCUGGCGCGCGCAGCCCACGCCGCCGCGGGUGCCUGCCGAGCCAGCGGCGCUGACGUGGGAGCAGCACGCGCACGCCGCGCCGAAGGAAGCUCCGCGGCCAGCGCCGCCCCCGUCGCCGCCCGCGCGGGCCACGGAGUGCAGAGGACUCGCCGGCGACCCGCGGGUGCCCCGCGGGGAGCCGCCGCGGUCGGCCGAGCCCUGCCCGCCGUGCGGGCAGCCGCAGAGGAUCCGACUCUGCGCGCACAUCCUGCUCCACAUGCAGGCCCCGGGCUUCGACCUGGUCCCCCGCCUGAUCGGCAGGAGCGGCUGCAACAUGCGGCGCAUCUUCGGCGCCACGGGCGCCAAGGUCAGGAUCAGGGGGCGCGGCAGCGGCUUCCUGGAGGGGAGGUGCCUGCAGGAGGCCCCGAUCCCGCUGAUGGUGGUCGUCACCGCGGGGCCGGAAGACGCGGCGGGCUUCGUGGUGGCCGUGGAGAUGGUGCUCCAGGAGCUGCGCGGCCUGGAGGAGGCCUUCCGGCUGCACUGCCGCCGCGGCCAGCUGAGGCCCGGGCGCCGCUGCUUCAGCGUCGAGGCCACGGGGCCCGCGAGGGACCACCUCGCCGAGGCGCUCGUGGACGUGCCUCUGGUCGACGUGCGCCUCCGGGGGAGGAGGCAGUGCAAGACGUGA